AGCUAGGUUAUCUACCACCAUGUCUCUUGUCUUUGGAAUAAUAUCGUCAAGACAAAAAACACCAUAGGCAACGCUUAAUACGCUGAUAAAAAUGGCUCGCUCGCUUGUUCUCUUUGCAUCGGCAUUUGGCUUAGCCUUGGCGCAAAGCAACUAUCCAAACCAAUCUGCACCUUUCAACCUCGUCCUGUCAAGCGACAAUAGCACCCUGGAUGGCCUUAAGCUCACCGCUUGCCACUCUGGAGCCGCCGUCGAGUCAUUCUGUCUCGACGAUGCCGUCGAAGAGCCCGAGUUCCAGACAUUCUUCUUCAACGGCUCAGCCGAAGCGCCCUCAGACCCUAAGUACCUACCUUCCGGCCUAAUAACAUGGACUUUCACCGGUGGCCAGCCGCCUUUUACUGAGAGCACGGCAAUGUCACUCAUGUAUAACCCAGCCUCCAACCUCGCAUUUCCGCUCAUUUGGCCCAGCAGCGACACCGCUCAGCCUGUUUCGUUCACUGAGGAUGAGCUCCUGGCCGUGGCGGCCAACAUCGACGACGCGGUCUCACCGCCUGAGCCGUUUGAGAACUAUAUCACUUAUUUGACCGAUCGCUGGGCUGUGUGCACGACGUAUUGGCAGGGGUACGGAUAUGUGGCGCUGCAGUAUGUCCUAGGCAAGGAAGGGCCGCAGAACCCCAGCUGUCAACGGGUAACGGUUAAGAGGGUCUUUUUAGAGUCAUGAGAGACAUUAGGACGCCGGCGAGCUGAAUCAUGCCCUAAGCAACCUGGAUCAGGUUAUAUAAUACGCGGAUAAUAUUAUCUUCAUGUACCCUUCUUAGAUACGUAAUUCUAUUCGCUAAUUAUUAUUUUACCAUACCAAAAGACUAUCGUAAGUAGUAAAUUAUGAGCGGCAUUUUGAUUACCAUAUGAAUAUCGAAAUGGAGAAUGAACCAUAGAAUCUUAAUAUAUCUAUAGGAGAGGUCCCCUAAAUGAUAGCAACAUUAGAAUAAACCCUAAUCAAAUACCAUACCAUACGCCUAACCCCUAUCCAUACGCCAUUGAAGUUACGUAUCAAAUCAAUUUCCCGACCAGGCCCCCAUAGCAAUACCAAUGCCACCCAAUGUUUCGACGUGAAUAUUUAUUCGACGUGUCUCAAGGUCUCUGACAACUCUUAUUCU